UCCCGAAGUCAUAUGAAACGUACAUAAGAUCUAAAGCAGCUGUAAGAUACAAUUUUGUCCUGUCCUGUGUCACGCAACUUUCUCUAACUCAUCUGUCAGCAAAUGAGCAGGAGGAGGCGGAACGGGAGGCGGUAGCAACAGCGGGAAGAGGAAUCAGGAACGGGAGAAUGUAAUAAAGAGAUAUCAGAGAACAAAGAACAGGGAGGAGGUGGUAACGGCGGGAAGAGGAAUUUGGAACGAGAGAAUGAAAGGGAUGAAUGAACCAAAGAAAAAAAGAACAGGGAGGAGGUAGUAACAGCGGGAAGAGGAAUCAAGAACAAAGGGAAGAGAUAGGAACGGGAUGAAACAAAGAAAAAAGAACAGGGUAGUAACAACGGGAAGAGGAAUCAAGAACGGGAGGAUGUAACAGAAAGAAGAGAUGGGAACGGGAGGAGCUGAUGAGAACAAAGAACAGGGAGUAGGAACAGGUAAACAGAUAUACAAGAACACGAGAACACACGAAGCGAAGAACAUUUUAAAGUGAGAAACAGGUACUUGAAGCCAAAAUUGAAUGAAACGUGACGGGGAAGACGAGACAGGAAGUUGAGACGAGAGUACAGAAUUGCAGAAUGAAAGAUAAAAGUGCAGUCUGAGGAAGCUUGACGCCAUUUUUUACCUUCCCCCACCACCACGGCUUCUACCACGCUCCCCGUCAUUGCCACCACCACCAUCGCCUCCCUCACCGCCACCCCUACCCCCACCACCACCACGGGCGCCAGAAGUGAUGGUCAUGGACGUUGCUAAGACUCACAACUCGACGCCUCCUCCAGGCGGGGGCUGGGUGGACGCGGCGGAAGAUGAGGGCAGUGGGUCGAGGCGGGGCGACGGUGGCGGGUUAUGCAGGAGUCACAGCAGGAAGAGGACGACGACAACGACCUCAGAAGACCUGGUGCCUCCUGACGGCGGGUGGGGCUGGAUCAUCGUGCUGGGGAACUGCAUCAACUCGGCCGUGCUCAACAGUGUGGUGCCGUGCUAUGGCGUGAUGUACCUGCCGCUGGUGGCUCUAGGUUACUCCAACACCCAGGUUGCCUCCAUACCAUCCAUCUUCAUCGGCUUCACUAAUAUCCUGGGGCCGGUUGCCACGGGCCUCUCCCAUUACUACAGUUCCCGCUCCCUCGCCAUGACAGGGAUCCUCAUCACCGUCCUCGGCAUCCUUCUUUGUUCUUUUUAUAAGAAUAUUAUCUGGUUUUACUUGUGCUUCGGUGUAAUAGCAGGAAUUGGCAAUGCACUAGCAGCUCCUCAGGGCUUCCUCCUUGGACAGAAGUACUUCUGCCACAAGAGAGUAACAGCCAAUGGCCUCUCAACAGUGGGGGCAUCAGUGGGAGGCAUGGUGUUCCCUCCCCUGAUUAGCUACUUGGUAGAGACCUACUCAGUGGAUGGGGCCUUCAUGCUGUGGGCCGGCCUGGUGCUUCAUGGUCUCAUUGGUGGCUCACUCUUCCACCCAGUGUCAUGGCAUCUCAAGCCUAAGCGAACGGCCUCCCUUGACACGACUGGGGUACAGCAGAAUGGCAGCCAGCCUAAGAGUGAUAUUUCCGGUAACAAGAUUGUCAUGGCAGGCAAAGUUGAAGAUCGAAAGGAUUAUAAUGUAUUUGAGGAUGAAAGUGCUGUGAAAAGCCUUACGCCUGACAAUGAUAGUGACGACAGUGACCAUGAGGAGCUGAUAAUGACUCAAGAUGUGUUGCUCGAUCCUCACAGCCAAAAAAAAGACAUGUGUGCCAACCAGUGCAGUGAGAGGCAAUGGAAAAACCCUCUUACUGAUGUGCUGCAGACCAAUGAAUACCUGGAGCGGCCACGGACAGUGAGCAUCGAGAGGAGCAUGGAAAUCUUGCCCCAGAUCCCAGAGGAGAGUGAGGACGAGGACUGCUUUGAGACCUACGAUCCCGAGAGUGGCAAUGAGCGCAUUGAGUUCCUCAAUUGUGAGAAUGAGAUGAGGAACAGACCCAUCAGCUAUAUUAGUACAAAGAGUGUUGAUUCCAUUGCUAAAAUUCCCUCGGUAGAGAGCAUCUUUGACUCAUGUGACGUGUUGGAUCAGUUUGGCAGUGCCUUAUCAUUCAAAGUGGAGAAGUUGAAGGACAGUGGUAAAGCUUCUGCCAUGGAAAGGAGAAAAAACAGAUCAAAUAGUGUAGGACAGUAUCCUCUAAGACCAUACAUCCUCUGUGGCCUUAAGGUACCCAGGCUGCAGCAUCUCAUUAAUUUCAGCAUAUUGAGGCACCCAGUAUUUGUCAUUGCAGUGAUCGGCAGUAUUUGCAACAGGCUGGUGUAUGUGGCUUUAGUGACAUACUUGCCUUCCUAUGGGAAUGAAGUGGGUCUGGGGAAGAGGUCGCCCUACUUGCUCACCAUCAUUGCCACUUUUGAGUUGCUGGGGAAGGUGAUCAUGUCUUUGGUGUCUGACCAAGGGUGGGUUCAGCGCCGCUACAUCCACAUCCUGUCCUGCAUCAGCGCCGGCAUCUCUGUGUUAUUGCUGACACUUGCUUGGGACAUUGUAACACUUGGCGUGUGCUGUGGCCUAUACGGCUUCUGUGUCGGUGCCUGCAUGUCCAUCGGGCCCAUCCUGCUGGUGGAGUACCUUGGCCUCAAGCUGCUUCCUUACAGUUUUGGCCUGAUGCUUUUCAUGAAUGGUAUUAGUGGGUUUGCAGUUCUUCCUUUUACAGGUUGGUUGAAUGACGUCACUGGUGAUUUCAUAUCAACUUUCUAUGUGAUUGGUUGUCUAGGUGUGUUGCCAGGCCUCCUGUGGAGUCUUGUUCCAUGCUUCCCUAAGGUUGCAGGGGAAUCCUCCAAGGCUGACAAUGUAUAGAAACAAAGACAAGCACUGGAAGCUUUUGUUUCUCAGAGUUGCACUCAGUAGCUUAAAAAACAAGUUUCAGAGGUAAUAAAGAACAUUGACACUAUCUUGUAUUGUACAUGUGAUAAACUUGGUCAGUAUUGCACGUUCUAUUUGCACCUCAUGAACAAUACUUGCUAUGUUCGUUCAAAGCUUGUACCUGCAGCCUGCAUCAGUUUGAUUGAAGAAGACAGCAUGCAAAACAGACCCACACAUGUGCUGCUGGCUGCUGAGCAAGUAGGUUUAACCUCCUUGUUCCUGAGCCAAUGAUGUUAUACUUCAUUGCAGCCAGUGCCACGCAGGGAUGCAUGUCAUGUGUGUUCUCUUCUUGGAUUAUCUGGUUAUACUUGCCUAAUUUAUUGUUUUACUUAUUAGUAAUAACUUCUUCAUAUUAUGAUGUUACAAAUUAGGGAUUCAUCAUAUUUCAUCUUUUUAUAUCUGCAACACCAAGGGAUGAAAAUAAUGCUCUUAAUAUUCUUGAACUCUAUAUAUUUCAACAGCUGUCUUGCUGUAAUACUGUGUGGGCUUCAGGUGGAAUGUUUGGAUGGAUGGAGUGUCAAUUAUAUACCUACAUUGAAAAAAAAAACAUUUGAAAUUUAGCUCAGGUGGAUGAUGGAACACUGCUGCAUAAAGGGUUUUAAGUUGUUAGAUCACAUUUUAAGUUUUUAUACAAAAAAGGCUCAUUGAAAAAUCAAUACUUUAACAAAUGAUACAAUUAUGAAAAGCCUUUCUUCUUCAGCUUUACAGAUAUUUAAUGAUUAACUGUGGAGUGUAAGUUUUUCAUUUUAUUGAUGUGAGAUUGUUAGACAGGGAAUAUGGAGAAGUUGAGAUAAGAUAUUAUAAUGUGGCCUGGCUUGUUCUUGUCAACACUGAACAUAUUGGCAUACACAGAAAGUCUCAGGCAAAAAGCAAUUUACCAUAUCAGAUUUAAGCCUACCAUUGAUAAACAUAAUUGACCAUAUUAUGUCUGAUAUUUUUUUACUGUUGGUGUGGUGUGUGAUAUUGGUGAAAGCCUCGCCCUGGCUGGUGAGCAGACAAAGAGUUACUGUGGGGUGAGUGUUAAGGGAUAAACACACAUUCAAAUGAUUUUAUUACAUAUUUACAUAAAAAAUGUUGUUUGAUAACUUAGCAUGUAAUAAUUAUCAGUGGUUUUGUGGCCUUUUUUUUUAUACCAAAGAAGUUUGUAAUAUAAACAUAUCAAAAAUGUGUAUUACAAAGGGUGCUUAAGUAUUCAUAGUUUUUUUUAUGUUCUGUGUAACAUAACUAUAAUUUUUCAUAAAGAUUGUAUAG